GCAACAUCUUUUUCCACGCCAUGGUCAACCCGUUGGGUUUGUGUUUUUUAUUAUUUAAUAUUUAUGUUAUUAUAAACUUAAAAUCAUGUUUAUGACUUAAAAAGUGCCGAAAAAUGUCUGCUAAUGUUAUGUGUGUGUCUUCCGCUAGCGGUCUGCCGAUAUUUUCGAGGAAAAAAGGAAAUGCUGAAAAUUUGCCCUUUUCCACGAUUGGUUCUUUGAAUGGGGUUCAUAUGUUUGGUAAACCUAUUAAUUUGGAGGUAUUAAAUACUGUUACAGAAGAUUAUUCGGUCGCUUGGAAGGAAUAUCAUGAUUGUGUUAAAAUCAUUGGUAUAGCAAGUGGUUGCUCAGUUGAGAUACUCACUAAACUGCUAGAUUCGGUGUUUAGUGCUGUAGUUUUGAUUGUGGGUUUGGAGGAAAUAAAAAGUCAAAGAAAUAUCGAGCGAUUAAAAAGGGAGUUAAGGGUUUGUUAUCCGAUAAUAGACAGAUUGUUGGAUUCUUUGGAUUGCGGGGAUUCAACAAAUAAAAAUUCUUCGGAUUUAGUGGGGCUGGCUGAAGUGAUAUUGUGCACAGAAAAUCACUUAAUACAGAUUGUUUUAGAUUCGUUCACUGAAUGUGUUGACUCCAUGUUUAGUAGUAUUUUGAUACAUGGAAAAGUUGCUACAGCCACAGAAAGUUGGUGGAAUUUACAUCCUGAUGAAAUAAAGUUGCUGUCUAUUUUAGCUAAUUCCGAAAAUUCGAAUAUUUCUAAAGAUAUUCCUGUAUUUUUGCCAUAUAAAAGUCCUACGGUGGCAUUUAGAUUUGUAGCGUUAAAAUUAAUUUCUGAUGUUCAACUGUGUUGCUUAUGUGGCCCAGCCCCAGUUUUAAAGGAUAUAGAGCAUUCGGCAACGCAGUGUUUCAAAAGUUCUGCAGAUAUUUUUGCCACAGCCGUUCAGUGCCACCCCAGGAAUUUCCCUAGCUCUACACAGCUAGACAGCAGCAUUCUAGGUUUUUUGCUGCUGAAUACUUCCCAGGGAAAAUACGUAAUCUCCAAAAAUCCGCAGCAAAACUCCACCAAGAAACCGGCCAGCAGUUCGCACAGACUCGACAUCCUGAGAACAUUUUUCUAUCAAGCCGUCACGUGCUUUUUAGUUACAGAAGACUUCAAAAUAGAAAAUAGUAAUUACAAAGAAACUUCCAAAGAUCAGUUGGAUGUGGAUGAUUUAAAUAUUGGUACUGAAACCUAUUGGUGUUCAGAAUAUCAUAAAUGUCACGCUAUGAAGAUUAAUGAUAAUAUUUUGUGCGUUUUGUAUGGCUCCAGUGUUCCAACACAUGCUAUGAGACUGAUUACAGAGAAAACAUUGAAAAUGUUGAUUUCUGAUAAGCAAGUUUGUUGGUAAAAUAUAUUUUAUUUAAUGUACCGUGAUUAUUCCGUCCUUUUUAUACUCUUUUACUAUAAUAUGUGAUGUAUACAGUAUUUUUAUAUACAAUAAAU